AUGGCAUCUCAAAAAGUUACAAGCGCGUUAGCAGCGAUCGAAUCCUCACCCCACCAGCCGACCAAGCUCCAAGAAUACAACAACCUUCUUAAUGAGAUUGUGGCUACCUCAUCGGGCGAUGAGCUCGCCCAAGACAUAGUCUACUUUCUAGACUCCAUACUCAAUGAGGAUAUUAGCAUCGUCGCCUCCCGACCCCUCCUCGUUUCUUUUAUCACCGUCCUCCAGAACUUCGACCCUGAGGUCAAAAUCAAAGUCGGCCAACAUGCCGUCACACUCCUUCAGUCCCGUGCCACAGCCGUCGAAGAACAAGACUCACAAAUUCGUGAAAUUUUGGCAGAGGCAUACGAGUCACAAGAGGAAUACACCGCAGCAGCUCGAGCACUACAGGGAAUAUCCAUCGAUAGCUCCCAGCGCUUGGUAUCCGACGAUGCCAAAUCAAAGCUUUGGAUCCGAAUUGUGCGCUACUACCUUGAAGAUGGUGACACUACCAAUGCCGAAACCUUCCUAAAUCGAAUUAAGAGUUUGCCCAACAAGAUUGAGGACCACGAUAUUCGACUUCACUUUCAGCUUUCUCAGGCCCGUAUUUUCGAUGCACGUCGCCGUUUCCUGGAUGCCGCUCAAGAAUACUUCAAUGUCAGUCUGGCUGCAGGUGUAGAUGAGGAUGAUCGCCUUACGGCACUAUCAGCCGCUAUUCGGUGCGCCGUAUUAGCCCCUGCGGGUCCACAGCGUUCACGCACUCUCUCACGUCUGUACAAGGAUGACCGUGCUUCUUCUGUGGACGAAUUUUCGAUCUUGGAGAAGAUGUUUUUAGAUCGGCUUCUUAAUGCCGAUGAGAUCGCUGCUUUCGCUAAGAAACUUGCUCCCCACCAGCUUGCGAUCACUUCAGAUGGCACAACUGUCCUCGAUAGAGCUGUAAUCGAACAUAAUCUUGUUGCGGCCAGCAAGCUCUAUGAAAACAUCAAUGUCGACGCUUUGGGCUCCAUACUUGGUCUCCAAUCCUCUGGUGAAUUUUCAGCUGGAGAGAAGGCUGAGGCGUAUGCUGCACGAAUGGUUGAACAAGGACGUCUUCGGGGAAAGAUUGACCAGAUCGACGGAGUCAUUUAUUUUGAGACAGGCUCGACUGCACUUUCUACUGUGGGUCCAAACUUGCGUCAGUGGGAUAUUGGGGUUCAAGAACUUGCAGAAUAUGUUGAGCAAGUCGCAGCCCGUAUUUCUGAGCAGUUCCCAGACUUUGCUACUAGUCAAAUGGUGCAGUGA